ACUUAAGUUUUAAUAACAGCAAACUGAAAGUUGAGAUCACCGUGACCGUCACGAAAACAAAAUAUUAAUGAAGAGACUCUAUGUCACUCUUUUUCAAUGAUUAAUCAAGUCAUGAAAUUCUUGGAUAUAUCUUAGAAGUCAUGUUAUUAAAAAUUAUUCUUCAAGAUGGAAAAUUGCUGCUUCAUAAGCGAAUAUUACCAUCCCUUCAAGUUUUACUCAGAAAACAUCAUCAUUAUUUAGUCAACACGACAUUCACCAAAACAGCUAAACAUACUGGCCUCGGGAAAAGGCAUUCUUCAAUACUUUAUUCCAGUACUAGUUUGUUGGAUCUUCUUAAUCCAUGUGUAUCUAAUCACAGACAUCUAUCUAAUAACAGCAGAAAGGGGGACAAAACAGUGAUUCAAGCAGCUGUUGCAGAAGAUGAGUUACUGCGUCAAUUAGACUGGCAGCUUCUAAUUAAAAGAUUACAGCAUGACAGUAAAACGCCAAAACCCAAAGAGGAGGGGGUAUUCUUAUUUAGAAGAGAGCCUAUUUAUGAAAAAAUGGAAAAUACCAUUAUAUAUGAGGAAGACCUAUACAGGGAAUAUGGUUUGACAGCUAAGGAUGUAGAAGGCUUGCCUAGAGAGAAGAUGAGAAGUGGUUGGUCCUUGGCCCAGACGGAAGACCUAAAAUAUGGAUAUAGAAAGCAUUUAGUCCACACAUUAGCAUUAAAAAAAUGGGGCUCAGAAGAUGCCAUCAAAUUACGUCGACUUAUUAUAAAAAGGGAAAUGGACAGAAAAGAGGAAUAUGCAAAUGAACAAAAGAAUUACGACAUAUUUUCCUUUGGAUUCAAAGACCGACAAGGCCGUGUCAUUUCUCUGGCUCUAGUAGUGAAUUUCACAGUAUGUAUGAUGAAGAUGGUGGUGUAUGCUGUUUCUAUGUCUCCAAGCAUGCUGGCUGAAUUCCUCCACUCUUUGCUGGACACUGCUAACCAGGGAAUGAUAUACUGGGGUCUGUACGUUUCCAAGAAGGCGCCAGAUAAACAUCAUCCGUAUGGCUAUGCCAGUUUUCAGAACAUCACAUCGCUGUGCAGUGGAUUUUCAUUCUUUGUGUUUGGAUUUUUACUCUCCUCUAUAAUGAAUUUCUAUUUUUUCCUCGGAGCAGAAACAUCAUUAUCACUUAUUCAUUUAGGAGUGAUGUAUUUGACGUUUGUUAUGGAGGGAGCUUCGCUAUAUUUUGCCACUAGAGAACUUCAGAGAAAAGCCAAGGAAAGAAACAUGAAACUGUUUCCUUAUAUCCAACGAGGUUUUGAUCCCAAUGUAGUAGUGGUGUUCAUGGAAGACAUGGCAGCGGUGGUGGGUGUGGUGAUAGCGUCUGCUGGAAUGACCUUGUCACACGUGUAUGCUCAGCCAUUCUGGGAUACAGCGGCAUCUGGAUGUGUUGCUGGGCUGAUGGGAAUGGUGGCUGCGUACUUGAUCAGAUCCAACAUUCCAGCGCUGGUUGGAAAGUCAAUUCCUGAGGAGGAAAGGAAGGACAUGGCAGAUUUUUUGCAAAGAGACAGGAUUGUAAAAUACGUAUCCGAUGUGAAGGCUGUCGAGAUAGGACAUGAAGUCCGGUUCAAAGCAGAGGUGGCUUUUGAUGGUAAAGAAAUGGCCCAGCUUCUCUUUGAAUCCAGAGAAGGGAAGGAUAUUUUACAGGGCUUCAAAAAUGUCUCCCAAGAGGAGGAAGCUGUUGAGUAUAUGAAGAAAUUUGCUGAUGAACUUCAGAACAUUCAGGGAAGAGAAGUUGAUAGGAUAGAAAGACAGAUGAAAGCAGAGUUUGAGGGAAAAUACCACAUAAAACUACGACAUGUAGACCUGGAGCCAUUAUGAUGUGGAGGGUCAUGAAUGUAUUGAAACAACUAGUCAAUAUGAAGACAUAGAGCUGAGGAGAAGAGUGACCUUGACACAGAUCCUGCAGUGUACCUGUCGUUUUCGUGUACCUGUCGUUUUCGUGUACCUGUCGUUUUCCCAGUGAUAUGUCACAUUUAAGCAUUUAAAAGAGGAUUCCGCGUUUAAAACGAACCGUGCCAUCCUUCGAUUUGACUCAUUUUGAUCUCUUAUUUGUAUUUAUAUGUUUACCUUUUUAUUAUACUCUUUGGAGUUCAGUCACUCCAGGUGUGAUUUACCUACACAUUAAAUGUAUGAAAAAUAUACAUGGAUUGGUAACAGAAGUUGUGGUUAUUAUUUUAUUUAAUUUUGUUCUAAAGCAAAUUUAUUAAACUUGCAUCAUUGUGUGAAUUGGACAUACACAUGUAGUGCAGAAGAUUUUAUUAAAUUUCUACAAAUUUA